AUUCUUACUUUUUGCACUUUCUAUUUAUAACUUUGGCCACUGUAUUAUGACUUAGAAACACUUAGUUAGCUUUGAUUUCUAUCUUUUGCAUGGUUGUUGAAGUAAGUACAUCUGUGAUGCUGAAAGUUUUCUUAAUGUUUUCUAGGAUGACAUUGUUCUUAAUUCUUUGUGCAGGCAUGCACUUAGACUCUGAUCUAGUGAUGUUAAGCUUGAAGGAAAUUGGAAAACUCAAGGCUGCCUCCAAGAGAAGAGGCAAAAUACUUGGUGUGCAAGCAAUCUCUCACGAGAGACUCUUACUUUUGUUUGCAUUUUGCAAGAGGUGUGUAGAUGUGACUGGAGCUUACAGUGCUCUAAAGACGGAGCUUAACAUAAGCUUGACAGCAACAGGCCUUUUGUGGACUACAACUGGCUUUAUUGCAAAGAGGAUUACACAUGGACCUGUGGAAGAAAGGGAAACAGGUAUAUGA